AUGACGGCCACAUCAAAUGCAGCCAAAAAGACGGUGGGUGCUACUACUGGACAUCUGUUGGGUUGGAUGAUCAUAUGGCAAUUUAAUAUUCUAAACUGUAUUCGCCCCAUCCAGGUCAUACCGAGAGAUGAAUGGGACAAGAAACUGGAUCAAGUCAAGAUCAACAAAAAUGAUUUGAAUCGACUUGUAAUGAACUACCUAGUCAUUGAAGGUUACAAGGACGCGGCCGAAAAGUUUGCAACCGAAUCUGGUCUCCCUCCUACUGUCGACUUGGCCCAUAUCGAAGAUAGGAUGAAUAUUCGUAAUGCAGUCCAGUCAGGGAAUAUCGAAGAAGCUAUUGAGAGGGUUAAUGAUUUGGAUCCUGAGAUACUGGACACAAAUCCUAAACUCUUCUUCCAUCUGCAACAACAAAAACUCAUUGAAUUGAUUCGAGGUGGUCGUAUACUGGAUGCUAUAGAGUUUGCUCAGGAUGAGUUGGCUCCUAGGGGCGAAGAAAAUCCUGAAUUCCUACAAGAACUAGAACGCACAAUGGCGCUCCUAGCAUUCGACGACCACAUCAAAUCACCCGUUGGAGACUUGUUGGAUUACAGUCAACGGCAAAAGACGGCUUCAGAAUUAAACUCGGCAAUCUUGGCUGCACAAUGUCAAGAUAAGGAUCCUAAAUUACCUACCAUGCUAAAGAUGUUGGUGUGGGCUCAAAAUCAAUUGGAUGAAAAGUAUACAUAUCCCAAAGUAAAGAAUCUUGUUACUACUGAACUGGAAGAUGUUACGCCGAUAGAGGAUUCAAAGACUAAAUGA